GAUAAUAAAAAUAAAAAAAAAAAAGAGGAAGGAUAUAUAUAUAUAUAUAGAAGAGAGAGGUGAGAGGAGGUCGGAGGUCGGAGGAGGAGGGAUAAUGUCUAGUCCGGCGGCAUUAAUAACAAGUCCUCUGUUGCAGGAGGAAUCGGGAGGGGAGAGAGGAUGGUGGUGGGUGACGACGGACAACAAGGAAGAAGCCAAGAAUCAGAUUUGGUUCGCCUUACCCAUGAUCCUUACCAACACUUCUUUCUAUUUCAUCACUCUCGUCUCCGUCAUGUUCGUCGGCCACCUCGGCGAGCUCCCACUCGCCGCCGCUAACCUCGCCAACUCCUGGGCCAGCGUCUCCGGCCUCUCCUUCAUGGUUGGCCUAAGUGGUGCACUUGAGACCCUUUGUGGACAAGGAUAUGGCGCCAAGUUGUACAGGAUGAUGGGGAUUUACCUCCAGACGGCGUGCAUCAUAUCAUUUCUUUCGAGUGUUAUCAUAUCCGCGGUGUGGUGGUUUUCGGAACACAUCUUGGUUUUACUGCAACAAGACCCUGAAAUUGCAAAACUUUCCGGCCUGUACCUCAAGUUUUUCAUACCGGGAUUGUUCGCCUACGGGUUUUUGCAAAACUUGUUGAGGUUUAUGCAGACACAGAGAGUCGUUCUGCCAUUGGUCAUGAGCUCGAUCGUGCCAUUGACCAUCCAGGUCGGCCUCACAUAUGUGUUGGUUCGGUUCACAAGCCUGGGUUUCGCAGGGGCACCAUUGGCCGCAUCUAUUUCGUUGUGGCUGUCGUUUCUCAUGCUGGCAGGGUACGUGCUGUUUUCGGUGAAAUUCAAGAACACUUGGGAGGGUUUUUCGUCGGAGUCGUUUAGCUAUUUCUUUGUAACAAUGAGGCUUGCUCUGCCCUCUGCUGCCAUGGUGUGCAUGGAGUAUUGGGCUUUCGAGCUGCUAGUGUUGUUGGCGGGCAUUAUGCCAAACUCGGAAAUAACGACUUCUCUUAUUGGGAUGUGCGUGAACACGGAAGCGAUUGCGUACAUGAUCGCGUAUGGUCUCAACGCGACUGCGAGCACGAGAGUGUCGAACGAGUUGGGAGCGGGAAGGCCGGAGAGAGCUAAGCAAGCCGUGGCCGUCACAUUCAUGCUGUGCAUCCUUCUGGCUACGGCCACGGCGCUUUCCCUGGUGUUUGGCCACAACGUUUGGGCUGGCCUCUUCAGUGAUAGCGCGGUCGUCAUAUCAAAUUUCGGUUCGAUGGCGCCCCUUCUGGUCAUCUCCUUCCUUUUUGACUUUUUCCAAGGAAUCUUAUCAGCGGUGGCGAGGGGGUGCGGGUGGCAGCACUUGGCUGUGGGCAUAAACCUGGGAUCGUUUUAUUUCAUUGGAAUGCCAAUUGCGGCAGUUUUGGCAUUCAAGUUUAAACUCUAUGUGAAGGGGUUAUGGAUUGGGUUGAUCUGCGGCCUGGCUUCGCAGUCGUCCGGUUUGUUGUUGCUCUCCAUCUUCAGGAAGUGGGACAGAGUGGAGAUCUCCACUAUGCCUGAAAAGGAUAACAACAAGGCGGCAUUGCUGACUUGAAUCAAACUUCUUAUUACAUUCAUGCUGGAUUAUUUUGGGAGCAUUCAAAUCCCAACUCCAAUGCAUGGCGGCGGCUCUUCUCCUCUCUCGCUCUCUCUCCCCAAGGAAAUCUGUAAUGUAUGAUGAAAUAAUUGGUUUACAAAGAGACCAAACUGUGUUAGUCGCUGAAUGAUCAGUGGUGUUGAUCACCCAAAAUAAAGGCCUAGCUAGUUUGGUAUUGUUGUGGUUUUUGGGUUAUCAAAAGUUGGAUACAAAUCCGGGUUGAUUUUUUUUAUGUAGAAUUAUUACUCGCUACUGAUUUUAGCUAUUCACUAUUCUAUUUAAUUAGAAUGUUCAAAAUGAGUUAGCAUCAAAUUGGUAUUUGUUGUUAGAAUGAAUGCCGUUUACUAUG